GCGGGCGUGGCAGUGGGAAUCAGUAUGGGAAUCUAUUCCUCCGCACCCCCGGCUCGACAGUUCUACCAAGAUAAACCGACGUUGUUGGUCUGUUGGUGGUGUACGGUUUUUGCUGCGGUCAUUAUAGUCGUCCGAGUAUGCGGAAGAUUCAUUCGGUCGGAAAGGUUGUUCAAGGAGGACUGGAUGGCAUUUGCCUGCAUAAUACCACUCUUCAUUCGAAUGGGAGUGGUUCAUGUGGUACUGCUGUAUGGGACAAACAAUACCAUCACGACGGGCCUCACCGAGCAGGAGAUUUAUCACAGGUCGAUUGGCAGUAGGCUUGUCCUGGUCUCGAGGAUCUUCUAUGCAGCAACGCUUUGGAUGCUCAAACUCACAAUCAGUGAAUUCUUCAAGCGACUGAUAUCUAGUAUAUGGAGAGAAUCCCACGAACGAAUACUCAUAUUUAUACGAUGGUUCUUCCUCAUUACAUUUGUUGCUGUAGUGAUAGCAGACAUCGCCGAGUGCCAGCCAUUCACUCAUUACUAUCAAGUUGUGCCAGAUCCAGGACCGAAAUGUCGACAAGGCUACGCCCAACUAUUGACAAUGGGAACUGCCAAUGUCAUAACAGACUUGCUGCUCGUGCUCUUUCCAAUUCCAAUCAUCAUCCGGUCGAAAAUGGGGUUGAAAAGGAAGACUCAAUUGGUUCUCCUGUUCGCCGGAUCUCUUCUACCGGCUGGAACAACGCUCUAUAGAAUUCCUAAUAUCAUCGAUCGUCAUGGCAGUCAACAGUAUCGGUCGCUCCUUGCGUCAGUCGAAAUUUUGUUUGCGACCGUGAUUGCCAAUUCGCUAGUUUUGGGGUCUUUCAUCCGGGAUAGAGGUGUCAAGAAACAAAGAUGGAAGUUUGGAUCAAUGAGUGACAGUAUCGAGAGGACGGCGAGUCGAAGGGGCACAGUCACGAGGCAUUGGGGAAGCGACGAGGAUCUUGUAAGAGACUUGGGCCUGGGCGUAGACCCUGAGCUCAGAGGAGCUACCCCAACCCCUCGACCAGCGCCGAUGGCUGUGGCAGGGAAUCUUCCGGUGAUAAAGGGACAUUCGGAGAUUAUUUCAAGGGACUGGCAAUUUCCCGGAGGAAGAAGCGAAUCGAGCGACGAGGUCGACUUGAUGAAGUUUCACGAUGGUGGCCACAGUCCUGGAGAAGUCUCGUCACUAGCUACUCCAAGGAAAGUCUCUUUCUUUGAUGUGGGUGGUCUGCUAGACGAGGAUCAACCUACGAGGGUCAGCUCGUCAAGAACGACGGAUACAGAUGGGGAGAGUUCGACUCGGGGUCAUCUAUAUUCGACUUGGUCAUAUGAGAAUGGCCUGUCUCCUGCGCCAGCCCGCAGAGGCUCUUCGGCUCUACUGCAGGACAUAGGAGGCUUGCUCGGUCCGAGGAGAAAACAUGAGCCUCGAAGUUACGAGUUGCAGACGAUACUGCAAGAAGAGUCUUCCCAUCCUUCAUCUGACGCACACGGACAUUCAGCAAUCCAACGGCAACAAACGACGCUGUCUUUACAAGAUGUGGGAGGACUCCUUAAAUAA